AUGCCUACGCGCAACACCAACAGACGGCUAACGCUGGGCCGCAAUGUCCCCGCCGAACAAUCGCCCGAUGCUGCGCCCCCUCCGUACUCUCUCCCGGUCCUCCGCGAUCUCGACCAGCCCUUCUCCUUCAACAUCCGUCUCUACGCGAGACACUACCGCUAUGAAUUCUUCGACACCGCGUCACCCACAAACUAUACCCUCUUGCAGCCAGACUUCAUAAUCCUUGCGUACGAUAUCUCGCGCCGCGAUACGCUGAACUCGCUCAAAGUACACUGGGCGCCGCUGGUCAACGAGAUGUACAACAUCGGCGAGCAAAUUCCGGUCAUGGUUCUGGGCCUAAAGCGGGAUCUGAGGAGAGAGUGGACCGAGGAGGAGAAAACAAGAGAGGGUUCGGACGGGAAGGGUCCCAGCGUUAUGCCCCAGGAAGGCUUGGGCAUCGCGCAGAUGAUGCGUGUGGAUAGGUACGCCGAAUGUAGCGCGUUGACGGGAGAGCUAUGCACACAAGUUCUGGAAGAUAUUGCCAAGACGGCAGCAAAAACCACGACAGAAAAAGGUGGGCUGAGCGCUGGCGGAUGUGUGAUUAUGUAG